GAACUUAUAAGCUCUGAAGAUUCCUCCUCUGAAGAAUCAAUCUACUCAUCCAGACGAAUGAAUCAAAUAACCCUCUCCCCGCCAGGUGCAUUUUCUUCACUCUCGGAUACGGCCAUCACAGGUCCAGAAGUCGGCAACAUGGAUAUGGGAGAUAGUUGCAAGAUUUCCAUGCUAUGGAACUGGAACACAAUCGACGCCUGCUUCAUCUCCAAAUCAUGGCGCAUAACCUCCAACGGCAUGUUCGCCGGCUCCUGCAUUGGCGUAAUCCUACUCGUUAUGAGUCUCGAAUUCCUGCGCCGCUUGUCCAAGGAAUACGAUCGCUACAUUCUUCGCCACUUCAAACAGGCCCUCCAAAUCCCCCGAAAAGCAGGAGCGAGUUUACCCGCCUCUUCACCACCACCAAAAGCGACCGCAUCGGCGACCUCGGGGUUGGAUGAGACUUCUUCGAAUCCUCCUACUUGCGCCAACAUUCCCACGACGACGAAGGAGAUGUAUUACUUCCGUCCUACUUUGGUCCAACAAUCAGUCCGCGCAUUACUGCAUAUGGUCACGUUCGCAGUUGCGUAUUUUAUCAUGUUAUUGGCCAUGUAUUACAAUGGGUAUUUUAUUAUUUGUAUUUUUAUUGGUGCGUAUUUGGGAUCGUUUGCGUUUAGUUGGGAGGGUGUUAGUGUUUCCAUUGAUGGACCGGAUAUGGGUAAGAUGACUGUAGCGAUGGAGGAUGUCACGGUUUGUUGUGGAUGAUUCGACUCGGAAUAACGUUGAAAGGACACUCGGGAGUAAUUACGGUGGCAAUUGUAGUAUGAUAGAUAAAUAGCAGCUACGUCCAGAUUUGUAUUCAGCGAGUAGAUUGGUAGAGUCUAUAUAUAUUGAUCUAUAAAUAAUCAUGCUCAGAGUAUGAAUGUAAGCCUUUGCACAUGCGUGGAAAUAUGUCGAUUCAUAUGAUAUGACCACUGCAUUCCCUCACAAAGACAAAGAAUUGGCCUUCUCAACCUGCCCAUUCGCCAAUGCCUUUCGCUUCUCCCGCCAAAUCAUGGCUCCGUACAAAAAAGUCGAUAGAAUACCCACGAGUACCAUACCGAUCAGCACCCAGUAUCCCACGGUGUAAUUCGGAGCAUCCUUGGACAGAAACAGGAAGACUGCCACGAUCCCACCGGCAUUACCAAAACCAAUCGUCCAUGCAGAGCCAAUACCGCGCUCGGCGUGACCGUGGAGAUUCAUCAGAAUCCAGCAGACUAUAAUAGCGCCUCCGCCAAAUGCGCCCAUGGUGAUGAAGAUGAUUCCACAAUAUUCGGCUGAAAAGUGUUCUUUGCCAUGGUAAUGCAACAUCAAGGCCACGCCGACGAGGAUCAGAGCAUCCGAUGCGAGGAUAAAUGGAUAGCGAAUUUUGACACGGUCCGACCAGAUAGCAACUAUAAGAGCGUAGGCGAAUGCCGCUGCGAAGGGCGGAACGGUA